AUGGGUCUGACGCUCGCGGUCGAGGGGGCGACGUCGCCGUUUACGUCGCGCGGCGAUUUAGAUAACGCGAUCAUGGCGUGUCUGGCGGACGACGAAACGUUGGCGACGUGCAGGGACAGCGCCGCGACGCCGGUGCCGAUUGGCUCGUGGGACGUCGCAGCCAUCGUCGACAUGUCGAGGUUGUUCGACUCCGGGUCCGUCGGACGCUUUGUGAACGUCGACAUCGGUUUGUGGGACACGUCAUCGGUGACCGACAUGAACGCCAUGUUCAAAGGUCAGACAAACUUCAACCAAGACCUCAGCACGUGGGACACGUCAUCGGUGACGGACAUGAGCGGUAUGUUCCACGACGCGUCGAGUUUCAAUCAGAACAUCCCGACGUCGGGAGUACAAUGGGACACGUCACAAGUCGAGUUCUUUGAUACGAUGUUCAAAAACGCGGUGGCGUUCAAUCAGGACAUCAGCUCCUGGGUCGUCAGCGCCGCGGCAAACUUCAAUUCCAUGUUCUCUGGAGCGACGAGCUUCAACCAGGACAUCACCGGAUGGAUUGGCGCCAGCGGUGCCUCCGCGGACAAUAUGUUCUCUGGAGCGACGGCGUGGCUCAACAACUACGGCCCGACCACAGCGGGCUCAACCACAACCGAUGGUCCCGCGAGCGCGUGGGGCAAGUUAUGCGCGGCGAACCAGCGCGUGGUUUCGAACGCGUGCCAGGCGUGCCCCACCGGGAGCGUGCGCGCCGCGGGCGAUAAUGCAAAGGGAGUUGACACGGCGUGCGCGUGUCCCGCCAACCAUUAUUACGUCUCGGGCGGUGGGUGUUUGGCGUGCGCUAGCGGUCUGUUCCGUCUCGCGGGUGACGUUGCGCCCGGAGGACAUACGGCGUGUACGUACGCGUCGCCGUUCACGUUGAAGGCCGAACUCGUGAACACGAUCGCGUCUUCGUACUGCCUGGGCGGCGCCGCCGCCCCCACCGGAGCUUCGUGUACGGACGGCAAGGGGUUGGGGAUCGCGAAUUGGGAUGUCAGCGGUGUCAACGACAUGGCGGGGUUGUUCCAAGCGUCCAGUUCUAGCUGGACCUCGACCACGUUCAACGCUGAUUUGAGCCUGUGGGACACGUCGUCGGUGGUAGACAUGAACAACAUGUUCAACGGCGCGACGAGCUUUAACCAGGACAUCAGCUCGUGGGACACGUCGUUGGUGGUGAACAUGAACAACAUGUUCAACGGCGCGACGAGCUUUAACCAGGACAUCAGCUCGUGGGUGACGCAAUCGGUGACGGACAUGGGCGCGAUGUUUGAAAACGCGGCGGCGUUCGACCAGCCCAUCCCGAAGUCGGGAUCACAGUGGGACACGACGUUGGUGAAGGACAUGAGCAACAUGUUCUUCGGCGCAGCGGCGUUUAACCAAGACCUCAGCACGUGGGUGACGCAAUCGGUGGUGGACAUGAGCGCGAUGUUUCAAAACGCGCCGCUCUUCAAUUAUAGUAUGGUGACAUCGGGUAGCGUUUGGGACACGUCGUCGGUGACAAACAUGGACAACAUGUUCAAAGACGCGGUGGCGUUCAACCAGGACAUCAGCUCCUGGGUCGUCAGCGCCGUGGCAAACUUCAAUUCCAUGUUCUCUGGAGCGAGGAGCUUCAACCAGGACAUCACCAGAUGGAAUAGCGCCAGCGAUGCCUCCGCGGACAAUAUGUUCUCUGGAGCGGUAGCGUGGAUCACCGACUACGGCCCGAUGACAGCGGGCUCAGUCGAUGGUCCCGCGAGCGCGUGGGGCAAGAUAUGCGCGGCGAACCAGCGCAUUGUUUCGAACGCGUGCCAGGCGUGCCCCACCGGGAGCGUGCGCGCCGCGGGCGAUAAUGCAAAGGGAGAGGACACGGCGUGCGCGUGUCCCGCCAACCAUUAUUACGUCUCGGGCGAUGGGUGUUUGGCGUGCGCUAGCGGUCUGUUCCGUCUCGCGGGUGACGUUGCGCCCGGAGGAGAUACGGCGUGUACGUACGCGUCGCCGUUCACGUUGAAGGCCGAACUCGUGAACACGAUCGCGUCUUCGUACUGCCUGGGCGCCGCCGCCGCCCCCUCCGGAGCUUCGUGUACGGACGGCAAGGGGUUGGGGAUCGCGAAUUGGGAUGUCAGCGGUGUCAACGACAUGGCGGGGCUGUUCCAAGCGUCCAGCUCUAGCUGGACCUCGACCACGUUCAACGCUGAUUUGAGCUUGUGGAACACGUCGUCGGUGGUGAACAUGAACAACAUGUUCAACGGCGCGACGAGCUUUAACCAGGACAUCAGCUCGUGGAACACGGCGUUGGUGACGGACAUGAACAACAUGUUCAACGGCGCGACGAGCUUUAACCAGGACAUCAGCUCGUGGAACACGUCGUUGGUGGUGAACAUGAACAACAUGUUCAACGGCGCGACGAGCUUUAACCAGGACAUCCGCUCGUGGGUGACGUCGUCGGUGACGGACAUGGGCGCGAUGUUUGAAAACGCGGCGGCGUUCGACCAGCCCAUCCCGAAGUCGGGAUCACAGUGGGACACGACGUUGGUGAAGGACAUGAGCAACAUGUUCUUCGGCGCAGCGGCGUUUAACCGAGACCUCAGCACGUGGGUGACGCAAUCGGUGACGGACAUGGGCGCGAUGUUUCAAAACGCGCCGCUCUUCAAUUAUGGUAUGGUGACAUCGGGUAGCGUUUGGGACACGUCAUCGGUGGCAAACUUCAAUUCCAUGUUCUCUGGAGCGACGAGCUUUAACCAGGACAUCAGCUCGUGGAACACGGCGUUGGUGACGGACAUGGACAACAUGUUCAAAGACGCGGUGGCGUUCAAUCAGGACAUCAGCUCCUGGGUCGUCAGCGCCGCGGCAAACUUCAAUUCCAUGUUCUCUGGAGCGACGAGCUUCAACCAGGACAUCACCGGAUGGAUUGGCGCCAGCGGUGCCUCCGCGGACAAUAUGUUCUCUGGAGCGACGGCGUGGCUCAACAACUACGGCCCGACCACAGCGGGCUCAACCACAACCGAUGGUCCCGCGAGCGCGUGGGGCAAGUUAUGCGCGGCGAACCAGCGCGUGGUUUCGAACGCGUGCCAGGCGUGCCCCACCGGGAGCGUGCGCGCCGCGGGCGAUAAUGCAAAGGGAGUUGACACGGCGUGCGCGUGUCCCGCCAACCAUUAUUACGUCUCGGGCGGUGGGUGUUUGGCGUGCGCUAGCGGUCUGUUCCGUCUCGCGGGUGACGUUGCGCCCGGAGGAGAUACGGCGUGUACGUACGCGUCGCCGUUCACGUUGAAGGCCGAACUCGUGAACACGAUCGCGUCUUCGUACUGCCUGGGCGGCGCCGCCGCCCCCACCGGAGCUUCGUGUACGGACGGCAAGGGGUUGGGGAUCGCGAAUUGGGAUGUCAGCGGUGUCAACGACAUGGCGGGGUUGUUCCAAGCGUCCAGUUCUAGCUGGACCUCGACCACGUUCAACGCUGAUUUGAGCCUGUGGGACACGUCGUCGGUGGUAGACAUGAGCAACAUGUUCAACGGCCAGAUGGCGUUCAACCAACCCAUCCCGACGUCGGGGUCACAAUGGAACACGGCGUUGGUGACGGACAUGAACAACAUGUUCAACGGCGCGACGAGAUUUAACCAGGACAUCAGCUCGUGGGACACGUCGUUGGUGGUGAACAUGAACAACAUGUUCAACGGCGCGACGAGCUUUAACCAGGACAUCAGCUCGUGGGUGACGCAAUCGGUGACGGACAUGGGCGCGAUGUUUGAAAACGCGGCGGCGUUCGACCAGCCCAUCCCGAAGUCGGGAUCACAGUGGGACACGACGUUGGUGAAGGACAUGAGCAACAUGUUCUUCGGCGCAGCGGCGUUUAACCAAGACCUCAGCACGUGGGUGACGCAAUCGGUGGUGGACAUGAGCGCGAUGUUUCAAAACGCGCCGCUCUUCAAUUAUAGUAUGGUGACAUCGGGUAGCGUUUGGGACACGGCGUUGGUGACGGACAUGAACAACAUGUUCAACGGCGCGACGAGAUUUAACCAGGACAUCAGCUCGUGGGACACGUCGUCGGUGGUGAACAUGAACAACAUGUUCAACGGCGCGACGAGCUUUAACCAGAACAUCAGCUCGUGGAACACGGCGUUGGUGACGGACAUGGGCGCGAUGUUUCAAAGCGCGGUGGCGUUCAACCAACCCAUCCCGAAGUCGGGAUCACAGUGGGACACGUCGUUGGUGACAAACAUGAACAACAUGUUCGGCGGUGCCACGGCGUUCAACCAGGACAUCGGCUCCUGGGUCGUCAGCGCCGUGGCAAACUUCGAUUCCAUGUUCUCUGGAGCGACGAGCUUUAACAAGAACAUCACCGGAUGGAUUGGCGCCGGCGGUGCCUCCGCAAACAACAUGUUCUCUGGAGCGACGGCGUGGAUCGCGAGGUACGAGCACACGUCCAAUCCUGGCAACAGCUUUCAUGGUCCCGCGUCGGCUUGGACUGGUCCCGUUCCGUUUGCCAACUUGGCCGCUUUGCAAACCGCCGUGACCAAUUGCUUGAACAGCGCUCCGUCCGGCGCGUGCACGUGCUCGCCCAGUGUCGACUGCGGCGCCGCGCUGUACGAACCGAUCACAAACUGGGACACGAGUCUGGUCGCCGACAUGAAUGCUUUGUUCCAAAGCGCCACUCUUUUCAACGCCAACAUUGGAUCGUGGAAUACCGAGCAGGUGACGAGAAUGGACAACAUGUUUAGCGGCGCGGCUGCGUUCAACCAGCCAAUUGGCAGUUGGAACGUCACCGCGGUCACCGAUGCGAGCCAUAUGUUUCAGGGCGCUACGGCUUUUGUUCACGACAUCACCGGUUGGGUUUUAUCGCAGACGCCCCAGGCGAAUGUGACGUCAAUGUUUGUCAAUGCGAUAGCAUGGAUAAACGAGCGUGAUCGUAUAGACGGAUCCGCGUCUCUCGACGGUCCACCCUCGGCGUGGUACACGCCGGCGCCGCCGCCGCCGCCGUCACCGCCGCCACCCCCGCCACCAACGUGCGGUAACGGUGUCUACGAUGCCGCUGGUACGAACCCAGAUGGAACUCUUGGGGAGACGUGUGAACCGUACGGGAAUUCCAUCGAUAACACCGUUCUCGUGCAGGGUUGCGAUCCAGCCACGUGCGCGCCUUUUGAGAACUGGCAGUGCAACGAUCCGUCUACGAUCGGCACACCAGAUUACAACUGUACGUGCAACAAUCCCGCAGGCACGUACGCGUUACCAGAUGUCAAUUUUUGCGCGCGCGUGAAAUGCGUUUACGCAGAUCGAUGUCUCUCCGAAGGCCGCGGCUGCGCGCCUGGUGCUGGUGGCAACGCGUGCGACCGUUGCUACACGGCGCAAGACAUCGUCGAUCUCGGAUUGGAAGCUUCUCUAGCCAAAGCGGGUUACUACAAAACGGGCCAAACGUGCACUGAGUGCCCUGGGACCUCGGCAGGUCAACUCUUCGCUGCCGCUACGCUUGUAGUCGUUCUGGCGUUCUUUGGUUUCAAAGCUUCGCAAGUCAUGGGCCCUCAAGCGACAAACAACUUGAAGAAGAUUAUCGAAUCUUUGCAGUUUUUUUCGCUUUCGCUGAGUAUGGACAUCAAAUGGCCUGGCCCGGUACUUAACCUCGGCAAGUACUUGGAAGCUUUCACGUUCAGCGUCGACUUUCUGAGACCAGAGUGCGUGGCUACUGGUCUCAAUUGGCUCAAUAUUUUCCUAGCGUCUGUGUUUGUUGUCCCUGCACUUAUCUUUUUCAUCAUCGUCUUCAACAACUUCAGAUCAAGGCGACGGUUCGAACGAACAGUGCGUUCAAUUCACUGCGAACGGCGCGAUGGAGGUGCGAUGGUAUACUGGAUUGAAAGACCGGGUCGUUUGUGGGGCAUAAGGCGCACGUUCGAAUCCAAAGGAGGAGAUAAAAUUGUCAAGGAAUUGCAGAGGCAAUACCGCUUCCGAGCCUCCCUCAGAAGCUUUGGCGUGUUGUCCAUGACUGUGUUAUACCUGCCCAUAGUCCGUAUGUGCCUCCAGGCUUUCGACUGUCUCGAAAUAGACGGUAUCGAGAGCACGCGUCUAGAACACGACAUCGACAUCGAUUGCGAGAGUACUUCUCAUGUGACAAUCCAGGCGGCGGCGGCGGUUAUGUUGGCCAUCGUCGGAAUCGGUAUGCCGAUUUACGUCAUCUCACAAGUGCGGAAACUUUCAAAUACGGGGAAGUUAGAUGAUCCACAAACCAUCGACGCAUACGGUCCAUUCUACGAUAUAUAUCGUAGAGAAGAUCUUACGUAUUCGCACAAAUUGGAGAUUGCCAGACUUCGACAAACGACGGUUCGCUCGAGAUCUAUUCCUCGCGGUAGCGACGAUGAAGACGAUCGCGAAGAAACGACGUUUGAUACCGAAACUGAGCGUGUCGCUGAUGAAAUUGAAAACGAUAUCAGACAAGAUAUUGAGGAACCAAACGAAGGCACUUCGUUGGAAACUACCGAUGGACCCACUGACGACGUCGAGCAAGGUGAAGAUUUCAACCCUGAACUCGGGAAGAAGAAAGUUUUUGGUAAAGGAAGAAAGUCAAAAGACGGGCGCUUAGCUCAAGUAUUAUCUAUGAGUAAGUCAAUGUUGCAGCGCACUCCGUCUGCGCAAGCGCGCGAGCGCGUGAAAAAGAUGAGCUGGAAAGAUCGGUUCUCAGUGUAUUACCUCUCGGUGGAAUUAUGCCAGAAGAGCGGUGUCAUUCUCAUGACUUCGCCCUUCAUCAGCGCUUCGCCUCUCAGUGGCUGGGGCCUUGUAUUCAUCCACUGGUUCCUCGGCAUUUUCGUCUACAUUUGUCAACCUUGGAGAAUAAUCACGUUGAGUUUCUUCGGUUUUAAGGUGUCAAAUUGUCUGAACAAAGUCGAAACUAUGGCGGCGUUCCUGCAAGGUGUGACGCCCGCCUUGGCGAUGAUAUGGCCAGUUAAGCGAGACGCUGACGGCAUCGUGCAGGAAAGUUUCACGCUCGAGAUGAUGACUGGUCUUAUGACUGCCAUCAUCACGGGUUUACUCGCUAUUCGCAUCAUCGUAUUCGUCGGGGAACGCGUCGCGGUCAAACGCGCAAAGAUGGACAUCGACAAGGAACCCGAAGCAUGCAUUGAGAUUGUUCGUGAACGACUCGUCGAGAUGGCGAAGAAACGUGCGGUCGUGAGCUUGUUCGCGUUCAAGGCAGACUUUGAUAUAACACGGCGCAAAGCGCGGGCGAGAAUAGAGAUCACGCGUCAAGCUAUGUUGACUAGAAUCGACACUUUGAAGUCGGAGAUGGCUAGCACCGAAGGUCAGGGUAUCGAUUACACGGAGCAAAUCACGGCCUUGUAUGAAGUGGCGAAUCAGAUGGCACAUAUCGUGAAUACCGUUGUACCGAUGCCUCCACCUGUUGGGCCUGCUGUAGAGGAGCGUAUAGACGCUCUCGAGGCGCAGUUGUCGAAACUUUCCGUGGCCGAGGACGAACGCUACGUCGCCGCACGACAAGAGUCAGAGCCGUCGCCGAACGCUGCGGCAAUGCACAUAAUUUUCAAGGUGCACAUCGUCGAUUGCAUCGUUGCACAAGUCAACGAACAGCUUGAAGUAUACGCGAGUGCAGAGUUAGUGAGCGAUUUAGCCGUUCUUGGACGACGACAUGCCGAGUUGUUGAGCGAGCAGAGCGCCAUAACUUCUCAAUUCGGCGACUCCGAGCUUCGUGCAACUUCAGACGAGUUAUCUUCAUCAGCCGUUCCGUUACUAGAAGCGAACGAACGUGAUGACUUCGAAAAGGUAUCUUCCACGCUCCAUCACUGUGCGAGCGUCAUCGAUGCGCACGCGCAGUGGUGUAUGACGCAGAGCGAGCUGUUCAGUGGCCUCAAGAGGGAGCACCCUACUUUCCUUCCGGACGAACCACCAUUGACAACGGAGUGCUUCGAAUCGUGCAUCAAAGAUCUGAAGACACAUGAAAAGCAGAUGGAGUUAGUUAGGACGCAGUGCAUCAGCGACUGGCUUCCAAUGUUCAAACAUUUCGGUUGCGUCAAGUAUCUCAGAGGGUUCGCCGAGCAGAUUCGUAAUCAACUCAGUCUCAAUCUCAAUGGAGAGAUCACGCCAGAAGAAGCCAAGGUGGUGUAUGAUGACACCGUUGCCUUCAUGGAUGGCUUCGCCUCGUGGUGUGCAGAUUUGUGUGGCAUAAUCGAAACGUCAGACGUUUUCAAUGAGUUUCAACCCAUCGCCUCGGCCAUGAUGAAGAGCCUGAAGGUGAUACAGAUCGACGCUAAGAAGCAAAGCAUGCUCGCUCAAAAAGUACUGUCGGCCGUCGACUAUGCUUUGGCGCAGAAGUCCACCGCAGAGGCCGUGCGAAAUAAUUUGCAGCAGGCGUUGCGCGAUUUAACGUCGAAAAUGGAGGAGCAUCUUGCCGUUCAGAUGGAUGAAAUGAAGAAUGAGAAGAUCGCUCUCGAGAGAGCGUAUGAAGAAGAAAAGGUGCAAACCGAGGAGGACAUCAACGUCCUCGAGAAAACGUUCGCUGAGAGAAAGGCCACGAUGGAGCGCGAAUUUGCACUGCAGCGCGACAUAGUCGAACGAUUACUCGUCAUGAAGCAAGAAGAGAAGGCCGCGGUCGCUCCGUCUUUGAACCCAUUCAGACGCGUACGCUUCGAGUACGAAAACGAGCUCGCGAGCGCCAAUAAGGAGUGCCUCAGGAUCUCACGAGCCUUGGAGAGAGAAGAGAACGUGAAAAAUAUGCAGUGUGAAAACUUGCUUCGAGCGAUGCAGCAAACCGAGCGUCAGCUGCGAGCGCAGAUUAAAAUCCACGAUUCACUCAUGGCAAAGAUGGAAGCCGAUGUCUUGGAUCACCUCAAAAAGCAAGGCAACGUGGCGCAAAAGCGAACGGCUCACGAUAUCGCGGCGAACAAGGCCGUGCUCGCGUCGCGAAAAGCCAUCUAUAAGCAGCAACGUAUCGCUGCACAGCUGUACGUAUCCGUAGAACGCGAGACUACGAGAGCUCAAGUCGGUCUCACGAGAACGAAACUUGCGGUGGCUAAACGUAAAGGGCUGCUUGUACGCACAACCUCGCGCCUGACGGGAAAAUCCCUGCGGUCAAAAUCGCGAAAGAAAGCGCACGACGAAAACGAGACGGUCAAAGACGAUCAACAAGAAAAGGAGGUUGAAGAUCAAACCGCGGUUGAUGAAAAAAGCAACGUCACGGAGACGAAGACGUAA